AUGGGCAUACAGGAGCUGCCGCAGAAUACGGUCAGAGCGCUGGGUGCCAACCAGGCUCUGACGGAUCCGGCUUCACUCGUAAAGGAGCUCAUUGACAACGCCCUUGAUGCGAAUGCCAACUCGAUAUCCGUGGAGAUCAGCAACAACACUCUCGACACCAUUCAAGUCCGCGACAACGGCCAUGGCAUCGCACCCGAGGACCGCGAGUUGGUGGCACGACGCUACUGUACAAGCAAGAUUUCUCGCCACCAGGACCUCAAGGACAUUGGCGGCUCGUCGCUCGGAUUUCGGGGCGAAGCACUUGCGAGUGCAGCGGAGCUGAGCGGCGGUCUGGUGGUCAUCACCCGAGUGGAGGGCGAGCAAGUCUCCACGGCACUCAAGAUCAACCAGCAAGGUGAAGUCGUCGGGCAGGAGCGUGCGUCUUCAUCAAUCGGCACGACUGUCAAGAUCACCGACUUUAUCAAAGCCAAUCCGGUUCGCAAGCAGGUGGCAUUGAAGAACACAGAUGCAUGUCUCAAGAAGAUCAAGAGGAUGCUGCAGGCCUACGCUUUCGCUCGUCCACAUGUUCGGAUAUCUCUGAAAGUGCUCAAGGCCAAGAACAACAAAGGCGACUUCGUGUAUGCACCGAAACCAAAUGGCAACGCAGAAGAUGCAGCAUUCAAGAUCGUGGGUGCCGCGUGCUCAUCGCAGUGUAUAUGGUCCGUCCUUGAAGAAAGAGGCUUCACUUUGCAAGCUUUCCUACCCCGACCAGAUGCCGACUUGAACAAAGUCUGCAAUACCGGCACUUUCCUCUCAGUCGACGCACGCCCCGUCUCCACGACUCGAGGUCAUCUCAAGCAAAUGAUGAAAAUCUAUCGAGAGUCGUUGAAGGCAUUGCAUCCCAAACACGGCGAGAUCAAGGAGCCUUUUCUGUUCCUCGAGAUCAGCUGUCCGCAGGGAGCGUACGAUGCUAACAUCGAGCCGGCCAAAGACGACGUCUUGUUCGAAGAUGCAGACAUUGUUGUCGAGAUGGUGAAACAGCUGUUUCGUACUGUCUAU